AUGUCGGCUGCGCCCGGCCUCCUGCACCAGGAGCUGUCCUGCCCGCUGUGCCUGCAGCUGUUUGACGCGCCCGUGACGGCCGAGUGCGGCCACAGCUUCUGCCGCGCCUGCCUGAGCCGCGUGGCGGGGGAGCCGGCGGCGGACGGCACCGUGCCCUGCCCGUGCUGCCAGGCACUCACGCGGCCGCAGGCGCUCAGUACCAACCUGCAGCUGGCGCGCCUGGUGGAGGGGCUGGCGCAGGUGCCGCAGGGCCACUGCGAGGAGCACCUAGACCCGCUCAGCAUCUACUGCGAGCAGGACCGCGCGCUCGUGUGCGGCGUGUGCGCCUCGCUCGGCUCGCACCGCGGCCACCGCCUGCUCCCCGCCGCCGAAGCCCAUGCGCGCCUCAAGACGCAGCUGCCACAGCAGAAGAUGCAGUUGCAGGAGGCGUGCAUGCGCAAGGAGAAGAGUGUGGCUGUUCUGGAACAUCAGCUGAUGGAGGUGGAGGAGACCGUACGUCAGUUCCGGGGGGCUGUGGGGGAGCAGCUGGGCAAGAUGCGGGUGUUCCUGGCGGCACUGGAAGGCUCCUUGGACCGUGAGGCAGAGCGUGUGCGGGGCGAGGCGGGGCUCGCCUUGCGGCGGGAGCUGGGGAGCCUGAACUCUUACCUGGAGCAGUUGCGGCAGAUGGAGAAGGUGCUGGAGGAGGUGGCGGACAAGCCACAGACUGAGUUCCUCAUGAAAUACUGCCUGGUGACCAGCAGGCUACAGAAGAUCCUGGCAGAAUCACCACCGCCUGCCCGGCUGGACAUCCAGCUUCCUAUCAUCUCAGAUGACUUCAAAUUCCAGGUGUGGAGGAAGAUGUUCCGGGCUCUGAUGCCAGCGAUGAAGGAACUGACCUUCGACCCAAGCACGGCCCACCCGAGCUUGGUGGUGUCUCCCUCUGGCCGCCGCGUGGAGUGCUUGGACCAGAAGGCGCCGCCGGCUGGAGAGGACCCGUGCCAGUUCGACAAAGCCGUGGCGGUGGUGGCACAGCAGCUGCUGUCGGACGGCGAGCACUACUGGGAGGUGGAGGUGGGCGAUAAGCCGCGCUGGGCACUGGGCGUGAUCUCGGCCCAGGCCGGCCGCCGAGGCCGGCUGCACGCUGUGCCCUCGCAGGGCCUCUGGCUGCUGGGGCUGCGCGAAGGCAAGAUCCUGGAGGCGCACGUCGAGGCCAAGGAACCGCGCGCACUGCGCGCCCAGGAGCGGCGGCCAUCGCGCAUCGGGAUCUACCUAAGCUUCGGCGACGGCGUCCUCUCCUUUUAUGAUGCCAGCAACGCCGACUCCCUCGAGCUGCUCUUUGCCUUCCACGAGCGCCUGCCCGGGCCUGUGUACCCCUUCUUUGACGUGUGCUGGCACGACAAGGGCAAAAACGCCCAGCCGCUGCUGCUGGUGGGGCCUGAUGGCGAGGAGGCCUGA